AUGAAAUCACGACGACGACGUCCUCGUCAAGCUUCUCCGUGCGGCGUGGUCGAUGCUCCACUGGACCAAGGGCGGGCGGUAUAUAACCCCCCCUUCCUCCCAGUCGCUCGACAUCCAACUACACCAUCGUCGCCAUCUCUCAUUCUCCUUCAUACCGCCCGCUCGCCAUUCUGCAACCCGUCGCCUCUCAAAAUGUCCGGCCAGACCACCGACCAGUCCUUCAAGAAGACGCACCAGACCGUCGGCGCAAACGGCAACGACGUCGUCGACAAUCUCAAUGAACACAUCAUGAAGACCGCUCCGGGACACGACGGCAACGUCGCCGCCGAGGAAAAGGGCGAGCUCCGUCCCCGCAGCGAGCGCAUCGAGAGGGACCUCCGCGAAAAGGGUUACACCACCAAGAGCUCCGACCAGGAAAUGGAGGAGCACGAUGAGCUCAAGCAGAAGCUCGACAAGCGGGGAAACCCGGCCCAAUGA